UUUGACUUUGAGAACAAGAAACAAAGUAGAAGAAAAGUGUCACCUUCCUAUCUCCUUCCUCCUCUCCCAAAACUACAUAAAAGGGCCACAACUGCGUCUUCUCCUUGCAGCACCAUCUUCAAGACAACCUUCAAUUCGUUUCUUAUCCAUUUCUGAUCUUCCAAUUGAGGAAAACAACAAUACAGAGCGCAUAUUUUCAUCCUUAUCAGGAUUUGGGUAUGUGCAGUGAUUCAAAAAGUAAACAUAGCCCUGCAAGCUUCGGCAUGGAAGGUGAAUAUCUCAAGCGGAAAGAUGGUGCCUUCUUUAGUUGCUCGGUUCUACUUGAAUUAGCCGCCUCUGAUGAUCUUGCUGGCUUCAAGGAUAAAGUUGAAGAAAAGGGUUUUGGUGUUGAAGAGGCUAGCUUAUGGUAUGGAAGAAGAGUUGGGUCCAAGACGAUGGGUUUUGAAGAGAGAACGCCACUUAUGAUUGCUGCCAUGUUUGGAAGUAUUGAUGUUUUGAAGUAUCUAAUUGAAACAGGCAUGGUUGAUGUCAACAAAGCCUGUGGCUCGGAAAGAGUCACUGCCCUCCACUGUGCUAUUGCUGGUGGUGCUGAUGUUGCAGUUGAGAUUGUCAAGUUCUUGCUUGAUGCGUCUGCUAAUCCUAAUUAUGUUGAUGCCAAUGGAAACAUGCCCUGCGAUCUUAUAACCCCAACUUUUAAGUCGAUCCGCAGUUCGACAAAAAGGGCAUUGGAGAUGUUAUUGAAAGGCGAGCAUUUUAAUCAAGAUGGUGAAGAGAAGCUAACAACAAUGCCUCAAUUACUGAAAGUAGGAAGUGACAAGAAAGAAUAUCCAAUAGAUGUAUCACUGCCAGAUAUAAACAAUGGAUUAUAUGGAACAGACGAGUUCAGAAUGUACUCUUUCAAGGUGAAGCCAUGCUCGAGGGCAUACUCUCACGAUUGGACAGAGUGCCCAUUUGUCCAUCCAGGUGAAAAUGCAAGGAGGCGAGACCCAAAGAAAUAUCUUUACCUUUGUGUCCCUUGCCCUGAUUUCCGCAAGGGGGCUUGCCAAAAGGGUGAUGCCUGUGAGUAUGCUCAUGGUGUGUUCGAGUCUUGGUUGCAUCCUGCUCAGUACCGGACACGUCUUUGCAAGGACGAAACUGGUUGCAACCGUAAAGUUUGCUUCUUUGCUCACAAGCCUGAAGAAUUACGACCUGUGUAUGCUUCAACUGGUUCAGCAAUGCCUUCCCCAAGGUCUACAACAGUUAGUGCAGUAGACAUGGCAACAUUGAGCCCAUUGACGCUUGGGUCAGCAUCUUUGUCAUUACCUUCUGUUUCGACACCACAGAUGUCCCCCUUGGCAGCAGGCUCACAAUCUCCAAAAAGUGGAGGCUUGAGACAGAACAAAAUCAACCUAACCCCACCUGCCCUGCAGCUACCUGGCAGCAGGUUGAAAUCUGCUCUGAGUGCUAGAGAUUUCCAGUUAGAGAUGGAGUUGCUUGCGCUGGAAAAUCAUAAUAGCUUACUGCAACAACAGCAUAUGAUUGAUGAGAUAUCAGCUCUAUCCUCUCCUUCUUGGAGUAAGGACUUCAAUAGGAUGGGAGACUUGAAGGCUACUAACCUUGAGGAUGUCUUUGGAUCUCUUGAUCCCUCUGUAUUGUCUUCAUUACCAGGAAUUUCGUUGAAGACUUCAAGGCCCUCAACCCCAACCCAGGUACAAUCCCCCACUGGCUUUCAAAUGCAUCAAAACAUGAACCAGCUUCGUGCAAGCCAUCCAGCUACAAACCUCUCUUCCUCUCCAAAUUGGAAGCCCACUGCACGUGGGUUUGAUUCGUCAGCAGCAAUGGCAGCAGCAGUGAUGAAUUCCAGGUCUUCUGCCUUUGCCAAGCGAAGCCAAAGUUUUAUUGAUCGCGGAGCAGCGACUAAUCGACUAGGACAUACUGCUGCUGUAAAUUCAGCUGCCAUGAUGCCUUCUAAUAAAUCAGGCUGGACCUCUCCGGAUGGAAGACUGGACUGGGGUAUUCAAGGAGAUGAGCUGAACAAGCUUAGGAAGUCUGCUUCAUUUGGCAUUCGAACUCGCAAUGCCAGCACCACAGCAACAGCAGACUUCAGAGCAUCUCCCGUGUAUGAGCCUGAUGUGUCUUGGGUUAAUCCAUUGGUGAAAGAUGUUAAUCCGGAGAGACAGCAAUAUAAUCUUGAAGAUGGGGUUCGUGAUUCUAUUCCACCGUGGAUGGAGCAGUUGUACAUGGAGCAGGAGCAGAUGGUGGCAUAAGCAGAACACCUUUCAGCUCCUUGAUAUCUAGCUUUUUUUUCUGACAAAUUUAUUCUUGGUAGUCUUGUUAAAGAAUUUGAAUGAUUGUAUAUAGUCUAGCAGAAAAAGGAGGUUCGUACACAACACCACAGAACAUCAGCUGAUGACAAUGAUUUGGGCAGAAAGAAUCGAGUCUUUGCUCAUAUUGCUCAUAGAUUUCUCAGGAUCAGAUGGAUCAAAGAAAGGAGAGUAUUCAUUUAAGUAUUUUAUUUUCCAUAAUUUUCCUCAUCUGGGGAAUUCUUUUUCAAGUUAUUCUGUAAUCUCAAUAUGAAGGAAACAGUGUAUGAGGAAGUUUCACUCAAUCUUGAUUGAUAUUAUCGUCGUUGCA